CAUGUCAUCUGAGCCAUUGGUGAGCACUCAGACUACUUGUGUCAUGUUACAAACCGUUAAACACUCCCUGAAACUUCAUUUGGAUAAAGAUGUUAUGUCCUGUUCUUCUUCACUUGACUUUUGUUUUGGGAUGUCCUUGUGCUGUAGGAAAGAGAAGCAGUCUGUCUGGACAGUUCUUCUGUGUUGGUGUUCACGGAGAUCUUUGGGCCUUUAAAUGCUAUUCUGGAAAAACUUCAGUAAUGGAUCAAAGGAAAAAUGACAGUAUUGUUCCUAGUAUCACUCAAUUAGAAGAUUUUCUUACAGAACACAAUUCCAAUGUCGUUUGGCUCCUUGUUGCUACUAUUUUGUCCUGUGGAUGGAUCAUUUAUCUCACGUAUUAUAAUUCUCGGAAUGUUGGUCUUAUUUUAACAUUGGUUCUUAACAGAUUGUACAAGAAUGGCUAUAUCCAUAUUGGAUCCUUCUCUUUCUCUGUUCUUUCUGGAAAAGUCAUGGUUCGUGAAAUCUAUUACAUCACAGAAGACAUGUCUAUUAGAAUUCAAGAUGGAUUUAUCAUUUUUCGGUGGUGGAAAAUGUAUAACCCCAAGCAGAAACAACAUGAUCCAAAGGCAGAAACCAGAUUAUACAUCACAGUUAAUGAUUUUGAAUUUCAUGUCUACAACCGUUCGGAUCUUUAUGGACACCUUCAAGAGUUGUUUGGUUUGGAGCCAACAAUAAUUCCACCUAAGAAAGAUGAUGAUAAAACCCGGGAAAAUGGGAGAACAAGAACCCAGUCUAAAAUUGAAAGAGUUAAAGUAAAAACAGAAUCUCAAGACCCUGCAUCUUCAUGGCGAUCACUUAUUCCAGUCAUAAAAGUCAAUGUGAGCACAGGACGUUUGGCCUUUGGAAAUCAUUACCAACCUCAGACUCUGUGCAUCAACUUUGAUGAUGCUUUCUUAACUUACACCACAAAACCACCUUCAAGUCACCUUGACCAAUUCAUGCAUAUUGUGAAAGGAAAGCUUGAAAAUGUUCGAGUCAUGCUUGUUCCUAGUCCAAGAUAUGUUGGUCUUCAAAAUGAUGAACCACCAAGACUGAUGGGAGAAGGCUUUGUGGUGAUGCAGUCCAACGAUGUCGACAUCUAUUACUACAUGGAUGAGCCAGGACUUGUUCCAGAAGAAACAGAAGAAAGCAUUGAAGGAGAAAUAAGCAGUGAAGAUUGCAAAUUACAAGACUUACCUCCAUGUUGGGGGCUCGAUAUAGUCUGUGGUAAAGGAACAGAUUUUAAUUACGGACCCUGGGCUGAUAGGCAGAGGGAUUGCUUAUGGAAGUUUUUCUUUCCACCUGACUAUCAAAUUCUGAAAGUCUCUGAAAUUGCACAGCCUGGAAGACCAAGACAGAUUCUUGCUUUUGAGCUACGAAUGAAUAUUAUUGCAGAUGCUACAAUUGACUUGCUGUUUACUAAAAAUAGGGAAACAAAUGCUGUACAUGUGAAUGUAGGAGCUGGCUCAUAUUUAGAAAUUAAUAUUCCAAUGACAGUUGAAGAAAAUGGUUAUACCCCUGCAAUUAAAGGACAGCUGUUACAUGUUGAUGCCACCACCAGCAUGCAGUACCGGACCCUUUUAGAAGCAGAAAUGUUAGCAUUCCACAUCAAUGCCAGCUACCCCCGAGUAUGGAACAUGCCACAGACGUGGCAGUGUGAAUUGGAAGUUUAUAAAGCCACCUACCACUUCAUCUUUGCACAGAAGAACUUCUUUACAGAUUUAAUUCAAGACUGGUCGAGUGAUAGUGCUCCAGACAUUUUUUCAUUUGUUCCGUAUACAUGGAAUUUUAAAAUCAUGUUUCAUCAAUUUGAAAUGAUUUGGGCUGCUAAUCAGCACAAUUGGAUUGACUGUUCCACUAAACAACAGGAAAAUGUGUAUCUGGCAGCUUGUGGGGAAACACUGAACAUUGAUUUUCCUUUGCCUUUUACGGACUUUGUUCCAGCUACAUGUAACACCAGGUUCUCUUUAAGAGGAGAAGAUGUUGAUCUUCAUUUGUUUCUACCAGAUUGCCACCCUAGUAAAUAUUCAUUAUUUAUGCUGGUAAAGAAUUGUCACCCGAGUAAGAUGGGUCCUGACGCUGGUAUUCCUGCUGAAUGCCAGAGUGGCCAGAAAACAGUUAAACCAAAGUGGCGCAAUAUCACUCAGGAGAAAGCUGGUUGGGUUGAGUGCUGGACUGUUCCAAGUGUACUGCUUACAAUUGAUUACACCUGGCAUCCAAUUUAUCCGCAAAAGGCAGAUGAACAGCUGAAACAAUCAUUGUCAGAGAUGGAAGAAACAAUGCUGUCUGUGUUAAGGCCAGCCCAGAAGGCUGCAGACAGAGUGGCUUCCUCUCCCUCUUCUUCUGCACGCCCUCCGGUUGACCCAGCAGAACUUCCGCCUGAUAAACUUCAUGUAGAAAUGGAGCUCUCCCCAGAUUCUCAGAUAACUCUCUAUGGGCCUCUGCUAAAUGCCUUUUUAUGUAUAAAGGAGAACUACUUUGGGGAAGAUGACAUGUACAUGGAUUUUGAAGAGGUCAUCUCCAGCCCUGUGCUGUCACUGUCCACAUCAUCCAGCUCGGGAUGGACUGCUGUUGGAAUGGAGAACGGAAAGAAGGAAAGUGAAGGUUCAGCCAAGCCAGUUCACCCUCUCACCCUGCGUCCUUGGGACAUCACUGUACUGGUUAAUUUGUACAAAGUUCACGGGCGUCUUCCUGUUCAUGGAACUACUGAUGGUCCUGAGUGCCCUACUGCUUUCUUGGAAAGACUAUGCUUUGAAAUGAAAAAAGGAUUUCGGGAGACCAUGCUGCAGCUUGUCUUGUCACCCCUGAAUGUGUUUGUCAGCGAUAACUAUCAGCAGCGACCCCCCGUGGACGACGUACUCAGGGAAGGGCACAUCCAUCUGUCAGGUCUGCAGCUGAGAGCGCAUGCUAUGUUCUCUGCAGAAGGGCUUCCUUUGGGAAGCGAUUCCUUAGAGUAUGCCUGGCUAAUCGACGUGCAGGCUGGAAGCCUUACAGCCAAGGUCACUGCACCACAGCUGGCGUGUCUCUUGGAGUGGGGACAGACAUUUAUUUUUCACGUGGUGUGCCGGGAAUAUGAACUGGAAAGACCAAAAUCUGUAAUCAUAUGUCAGCAUGGGAUUGACCGUCGAGUCUGUGAGUCCAAGUUGAGUUGUAUUCCCGGGCCUUGCCCAACUUCAGAUGAUUUGAAAUACACUAUGACUCGUUUAGCAGUAGAUGGAGCUGAUAUUUAUAUUGUGGAGCAUGGCUGUGCUACAAAUAUAAAGAUGGGUGCAAUUCGGGUUGCAAACUGUAAUCUCCACAAUCCAUCUGUCGGGGAAGGAAUAAGUGCUGCAAUUCAGGAUGUUCAAGUGAGACAGUACAUUGAGCAAGUCAAUAGCUGCAGAGUUGGACUUCAGCCUGCAGUGCUCCGGAGGGCCUACUGGCUUGAAGCUGGGUCAGCCAAUUUAGGACUUAUUACUGUUGAUAUUGCAUUGGCUGCUGAUCAUCAUUCUAAACACGAGGCACAGAGACAUUUCCUAGAAGCUCAUGAUGCCAGAACUAAGAGGUUGUGGUUUCUGUGGCCUGAUGAUCCCCUGAAGAACAAGAGGUGCAGAAACAAGUGUGGCUGUCUCGGGGGCUGCAGGUUUUUUGGUGGCACGGUGACUGGCCUGGAUUUCUUCAGACUCGAAGAGCUGACACCGUCCAGUAGCUCUGCAUUUUCCAGCACAAGUGCUGCAGAGUCUGAUAUGUAUUAUGGACAGUCUCUACUACAGCCUGGAGAAUGGAUCAUUACUAAAGAAAUCCCCAAAAUCAUAGAUGGUAAUGUGAAUGGUACAAAAAGGAAGGACUGGGAAAACAAGUCAGUGGGAAUGGAAGUAGAGAGAAAAGCUCAGCAUCUGAGUCUUCAGGUUCCACUGAGAUCUCACAGUUCAUCCUCUUCCUCAGAGGAGAACAGCAGUUCCAGUGCUGCUCAGCCUUUGUUGGCCGGUGAAAAGGAAAGCCCGUCUUCUGUUGCUGACGACCACUUGGUUCAGAAAGAGUUCUUGCAUGGUACGAAAAGAGAUGAUGGCCAAGGGAGCACUCCUGCAGAAAUUUCAGGAAACAGCCCUGUGUCUCCUAACACUCAGGAUAAAUCAGUAGGUCAGUCUCCUCUUAGAUCUCCUUUGAAGCGACAAGCCUCAGUGUGUUCCACCCGACUUGGAAGUACUAAGAGUCUUACUGCUGCUUUUUAUGGAGACAAACAGCCUGUUACAGUUGGAGUUCAGUUUAGUAGUGAUGUCUCUCGGAGUGACGAGAAUGUACUAGACUCGCCAAAGCAGAGGAGAAGUUUUGGUUCAUUCCCAUACACACCAUCGGCAGACUCUAAUUCAUUUCAUCAGUAUCGAUCAAUGGAUUCUAGCAUGUCAAUGGCUGAUAGUGAAGCCUACUUUUCUGCAGCUGAGGAAUUGGAGCCCAUUAGCAGUGAUGAAGGCCCUGGUACUUACCCUGGCAGAAAAAAGAAGAAAAAGCAAGCACAGCAGAUAGACUACAGUAGGGGUUCCAUCUAUCACAGUGUAGAAGGGCCACUUACUGGCCACGGAGAAAGCGUUCCGGACCCUCCAACUCUGCCAUUCAAAACUCAUCCUUCCCAGGCUUCGUUUGUUUCUGCAUUAGGUGGAGAAGAUGAUGUUGUAGAACAUCUAUAUAUUGUGGAAGGUGAGAAACCAGUGGAGAGUGAACAGAUCACUUCUCAGCAACCUGUGAUGAAUUGUUACCAGACUUACCUUACUCAGUUUCAGGUACUUAAUUGGUCAGUUAAACACCCAACCAACAAAAGGACCUCUAAAUCCUCAUUGCAUCGUCCCCUUGAUCUGGAUACACCAACCAGUGAAGAAAGUUCCUCAUCAUUUGAACAGCUUUCUGUGCCAACGUUUAAGGUUAUCAAACAGGGGCUCACAGCUAAUUCUUUGCUAGACAGAGGCAUGCAACUUUCAGGAUCGACUUCAAAUACACCAUAUACUCCACUGGAAAAGAAAACUGUUGAUAACACAGAUGAUGAAACGUUAACGGAAGAAUGGACACUGGAUCAGCCCGUCUCUCAGACCAGAACCACGGCCAUAGUUGAAGUAAAGGGAACCGUGGAUGUUGUUCUGACUCCACUGGUGGCCGAAGCUGUGGACAGAUACAUUGAAGCUAUGGUUCACUGUGCUAGUACCCAACAUCCAGCUGCAAUUGUGGAUGAUCUCCAUGCCAAAGUCCUUAGGGAAGCCGUCCAAAAUAGCAAGACUACCUUCUCAGAAAAUUUAUCGUCCAAACAAGAUGUCCGAGGAACAAAAACUGAACACCCUACAAUAGGAACAACUAAUCAAGGACAAGCUCAGACAAAUCUUACAAUGAAACAAGAUAAUGUAACAAUUAAGGGUCUACAGGCUAAUGUUAGCAUACCAAAGGUAAACUUAUGUUUGUUACAAGCCUCAGUGGAAGAGUCUCCAACUACAGCUCCUAGUAGAAGUGUGACUCACGUGUCCCUAGUGGCAUUGUGUUUUGACAGGAUUGCUACACAAGUUCGUAUGAACAGAGGUGUAGUUGAGGAGACCUCAAAUAAUGCAGACCCUAGUAAAACAACAAAUUUUGAUAGAUACGUUCAUGCCACUAAGAUGCAACCUCAGUCAUCUGGAUCCCUCAGAUCAAAUGCUGGAGCAGAAAAAGGGAAAGAAAUUGCUGCCAAGUUACAUGUUCAUCGAGUGCACGGUCAGCUCAGGGGUCUUGACACAGCAGACAUUGGGACCUGUGCCAUCACUGCUAUUCCUUUUGAGAAGUCCAAGGUUUUAUUUACUCUUGAAGAACUGGAUGAAUUUACUUUUGUAGAUGAAACAGAUCAACAAGCUGUUCCAGAUGUAACUCGAAUAGGUCCCAGCCAAGAAAAGUGGGGUUGGAUAAUGUUUGAAUGUGGACUUGAAAAUUUAACCAUAAAAGGAGGAAGACAGUCUGGUGCUGUUUUAUACAACAGUUUUGGAAUUAUGGGUAAAGCUAAUGCCACAGAAAGGGGUGGAGUGCUGACAUCCAACAAUUCUUCAGAUUCUCCAACUGGCAGUGGCUAUAAUACUGAUGUCUCCGAUGAUAAUCUUCCAUGUGACCGGACAAGCCCUUCCUCAGACUUAAAUGGAAACUCUGUCUCAGAUGAACAAGAUGAAGGUGUCGAAUCUGAUGAUUUGAAGAAAGAUCUGCCCCUGAUGCCUCCACCUCCAGACUCGUGCAGCAUGAAGCUGACCAUUAAAGAGAUCUGGUUUAGUUUUGCAGCUCCCACCAACGUGAGGUCUCUCACACACGCGUUUUCUAGGCAGCUGAACCUCUUAAGCACUGCAACUCCAGCUGUUGGUGCCUGGCUUGUUCCCAUUGAUCAACUCAAGUCGUCCUUAAACAAAUUAGAAACUGAGGGAACCCUGAGAAUCUGUGCUGUCAUGGGAUGCAUAAUGACAGAAGCCCUAGAGAAUAAAAGUGUACAUUUUCCCCUAAGAAGCAAAUACAACAGGCUUACGAAAGUUGCUCGCUUUCUCCAAGAAAAUCCUUCCUGUUUGCUCUGCAAUAUCCUUCAUCACUACCUACACCAGGCAAAUUACUCCAUCAUCGAUGAUGCUACCAUGAGUGAUGGUCUUCCUGCUUUGGUCACUUUAAAGAAAGGCUUGGUUGCACUUGCAAGGCAGUGGAUGAAGUUUAUUGUGGUGACACCAGCUUUUAAAGGAGUCAGCUUACACAGACCAGCUCAGCCCCUGAAACCUCAUGCAACUGUGGACCAUGAGCAUGAAGACGGACUUGGGCUGGAUAAUGGGGGUGGUCUUCAGAGUGAUACCAGUGCUGAUGGAGCAGAGUUUGAGUUUGAUGCAGCCACAGUCAGUGAACACACAAUGCUGCUAGAAGGAACAGCCCAGCGGCCACCUCCAGGUAGCUCUGGACCUGUAACGGGAGCUGAAAUAAUGAGAAAACUUUCCAAAACUCACACCCAUAGUGACUCUGCAUUAAAAAUAAAGGGCAUUCAUCCAUAUCAUUCUCUGAGCUACACCAGCGGAGACACUGCCACGGAUUCCCCAGUGCAUGUUGGACGCACAGGGAUGCCAGUAAAGGAGAGUCCGAGGAAGGAGAGCCUGCUCAGCUACCUGACCGGCAGCUUCCCCAGCUUGCACAACCUUCUGGAAGGCACCCCUCAGAGAAGCAGUGCAGCUGUGAAAAGUAGCUCCCUGACAAGAACAGGAAAUUCAGUGGCCACCGACAUGCUGUCUGAGCAUCCCUUGCUGUCUGAGCCAUCGUCUGUGAGUUUCUAUAACUGGAUGUCAAACGCUGUGGGUAACCGAGGUGGUGCAGUGCAAGAAUCUCCUGUCACAAAAUCAGGACACAACAGUCUUCCAACAGGUGUUGCACCCAAUCUUCCUACAAUACCCUCAGCCUCGGAUUUCAACACUGUCUUGUCUAGUGACCAGAAUACAUUGGAUGGGACACAUUCUCAGCAUAGCACUAGUCAGGAUGAUGUGGCAGGUGUAGAAGAAGCUAACCAAGGGUUUCCUGCUGUUCAGCUAGCUGAUGCACAGGUCGUUUUUAAACCUCUUCUGAGUCAUACAGGCAUCCAGUCACAGGACACAGUGCCACUCUGCUACCGAAUGUACUUUGGAGAACACCUUUCAUUUUCGGGGACUUUGGACUGCCUCAGAGCAGAUAUUGUGGAUUCAGAUACAGCCAAAGAGAGAAAAGGCAAAAGAGCAAGAAGGCAAGGGCACGUGAAUCUUCCUCCGCUGGAGUUCAAGCCAGCACUAAUGUUGGAAACGUUUAGCAUCAGUGCUGUGGUAAUGGAGAAGUCUGUAUGCACACCUCAGAACUCCACCAGUGCCCUUUCCUUCCACGAUCUUAACAAGCGCUAUUAUAAUACCUUCCACUGCAACUUCACUAUUUCUUGUCAGUCAAUUAGCCAGCAUGUAGAUAUGGCUUUGGUUCGUCUCAUUCACCAGUUUAGUACAAUGAUAGAUGAUAUCAAAGCAACUCAGACUGACAUUAAACUUAGCAGAUACACAGCCGGAUCAGCUUCCCCAACACCCACUUUCAAAACCAGAAAGCAUCGAGAUUUUCGUUCUUCUGACUUCAGCCGCAGUUCUAGAGGAAGUCUUAAUGGUGGCAGUAGAGUAAAUAAUGCAAAGAACAAACGGACCAACAAUGAGAAUAACAAAAAGGAAUCCCGGAACAAAAAUUCAUUAGGCAGAUCUGAAAGAAGAACUUCAAAAGUGUCUAGGAAAGGUUCAAAAGAUGUGGUGGACCACAUGACUAUUCAUAUGGAUGACUCUGAUUCAAUCACAGUGUCAGAACAAAGUGAGCCUUCGGCUGAGUGUUGGCAGAACAUGUAUAAGCUGCUUAACUUCUAUUCACUCAUCUCUGAUCCAACAGGAAUAUUAGAAAAAUCUUCAGAAACAUUUGGACCUGCAGGAGUGCGGAGCCCUACAGAGCCAACAUGUAAAGUUGUGUUUGAGAAUGAGCAAGACACCAACAGUUUGACCAAGACACAGAGGAAACGUAGCUUGGUAAAUUCUGAGCCUCAGCAUGUUACUCUAAUAGUGUUUGGGAUUGGAAUGGUGAACCGCACGCAUCUAGAGGCAGACAUUGGUGGGCUGACAAUGGAAUCGGAACUAAAGAGAAUCCAUGGCAGUUUCACCCUGAAGGAAAAGAUGAAAGAUGUUUUACAUCAAAAGAUGACUGAGACAUGUGCCACUGCUCAUAUUGGUGGAGUUAAUAUCGUUCUUCUUGAAGGAAUUACCCCAAAUAUACAAACUGUAGUGAAAUGUAGUAUUGCCAAGUCCCAGGCCCUCUACAGUGCCCAGAGGGGGCUGAAGACAAACAAUGCAGCUGUGUUCAAAGUAGGUGCCAUCAGCAUCAACAUUCCUCAGCACCCUGCCACCUUGCACAGCAUGAUGGUUCGGAGCUCUCACCAGCUCUCCAAGCAAAUCUCAGACCUUAUCAGACAGCCUUCUACAGUCCAACAGCCUAUGAAAGAAGAUAUUGCAACUCCACUGCCCUCUGAAAAAACCCCAACAAGUGUUAAUCAAACUCCUGUUGAGACAAAUGAAUUUCCUCAGCUCCCAGAAGGCUUGGAGAAGAAGCCUAUUGUUCUUAAAUUCAGUGCCAUGUUAGAUGGCAUAGCCAUUGGAGCAGCACUGUUACCAUCUCUGAAAGCAGAGUAUAAGAUGGGAAGAAUGAGAAGUCAUGGGAUGACAGGUGCACAGACAAGGUUUACAUUUGAGCUGCCAAAUCACAGAUUGCGUUUUACUUCAAAAGUUUCAGCCACAGAUAUGUCAACCAUUCCUCCUUCUGCCAGUCUUAACCUUCCUCCUGUUACUAUGUCAGGGAAGUACAUAAUGGAAGAACAUGACAGCUACUCUGAUCAGGUGUGGAGUAUAGAUGAACUGCCUUCUAAACAAGGGUACUACUUACAGGGAAAUUAUCUACGUUGUGUGGCAGAAGUUGGUUCCUUUGAACAUAAUCUCACAACUGAUCUUCUGAACCACUUGGUGUUUGUACAGAAGGUAUUCAUGAAGGAAGUCAAUGAAGUAAUACAGAAAGUUUCUGGUGGGGAGCAGCCUAUUCCUCUCUGGAACGAACACGAUGGAGCAGCAGAUGGAGAUAAGCCUAAAAUUCUCCUCUAUUCUCUGAACUUGCAGUUUAAGGGUAUCCAAGUAACAGCCACAACUCCAUCAAUGAGAGCUGUGAGAUUCGAAACUGGACUGAUUGAACUGGAGCUAUCUAACCGACUUCAAACUAAAGCUUCACCGGGAAGUAGUAGCUAUCUGAAAUUGUUUGGUAAAUGUCAAGUGGAUUUAAAUCUGGCAUUAGGACAAAUUGUCAAACAUCAGGUUUAUGAGGAAGCUGGUUCUGAUUUUCAUCAAGUUGCCUAUUUUAAAACUAGAAUUGGAUUAAGGAAUGCCCUUCGAGAAGAAAUCAGUGGUUCUUCAGAUAGAGAAGCCGUGCUCAUUACUUUGAACAGACCAAUUGUUUAUGCCCAACCUGUGGCCUUUGAUAGAGCUGUGCUGUUUUGGCUGAAUUAUAAGGCUGCCUAUGACAACUGGAAUGAACAGCGAAUGGCCUUGCACAAGGACAUUCACAUGGCCACAAAGGAAGUGGUAGACAUGCUGCCUGGUAUUCAGCAAACAUCAGCCCAGGCCUUUGGCACUCUCUUUCUCCAGCUGACUGUGAAUGACCUGGGAAUUUGCCUGCCUAUCACCAACACUGCUCAGUCUAAUCACACUGGGGACCUGGACACUGGUUCGGCCUUAGUAUUGACCAUCGAAAGCACUCUCAUCACUGCUUGCUCUUCAGAGUCCUUGGUUAGCAAAGGGCAUUUCAAAAACUUCUGCCUUCGUUUUGCUGAUGGCUUUGAGACAUCGUGGGAUGACUGGAAACCAGAAAUCCGUGGGGAUCUGGUAAUGAAUGCCUGUGUAGUUCCAGAUGGUACCUAUGAAGUAUGCUCAAGGACCACAGGACAAGCAGCAGCUGAGAGCAGUAGUGCUGGGACCUGGACGCUCAACGUGCUAUGGAAAAUGUGUGGGAUCGAUGUCCACAUGGACCCUAACAUCGGCAAGAGGCUCAAUGCCCUGGGCAACACCCUCACAACACUGACUGGUGAGGAGGACAUCGAUGACAUUGCUGACCUGAAUUCAAUGAACAUAGCUGACCUGUCUGAUGAGGAUGAAGUCGAUACCAUGUCUCCCACUAUCCACUCUGAAGCUGUAGAUUAUCGAAGACAAGGAGCAUCCUCCAGCCAGCCAGGAGAGCUCAGAGGAAGAAAAAUUAUGAAGCGUUUAGUGGAUAUCAGAGAACUGAAUGAACAGGCCAAAGUAAUAGAUGACCUUAAAAAAUUAGGUGCAAGUGAAGGAACCAUAAACCAGGAAAUUCAACGUUACCAGCAGUUAGAAUCUGUGGCUGUAAAUGAUAUUCGAAGAGAUGUUCGGAAAAAAUUACGGAGGUCCAGUAUGAGAGCUGCUUCUUUAAAGGAUAAGUGGGGAUUGGGUUAUAAACCAAGUUAUAGCCGAUCAAAAAGCAUUUCUGCCUCUGGAAGACCACCUCUCAAGCGAAUGGAAAGAACAAGUUCUCGAGUAGGAGAAGCUGAAGAGCUCCCAGAAAUCCGAGUGGAUGCAGCAUCUCCUGGGCCCAGAGUAACUUUUAACAUCCAGGAUACAUUUCCAGAAGAGACAGAACUGGACCUUUUGUCAGUAACUAUUGAAGGUCCAUCUCACUACUCAUCAAACAGUGAAGGGUCCUGUUCCGUGUUCAAUUCUCCCAAAACUCCAGGAGGCUUUCCAGCAAGCAUUCCUUUCCAACCUGAAGAGGGUCGAAGAGAUGACAGCUUGUCUUCUACCAGUGAAGACUCAGAGAAGGAUGAAAAGGAUGAAGACCGGGAGAGGGAAAGGUUUUAUAUUUACCGAAAACCCUCACACACUUCUCGUAAAAAAGCAACAGGCUUUGCUGCUGUUCAUCAGUUAUUUACGGAACGCUGGCCAACAACACCAGUCAACCGAAGUCUUAGUGGCACAGCUACUGAAAGAAAUAUUGAUUUUGAACUUGAUAUACGGGUUGAAAUUGAUAGUGGAAAAUGUGUACUCCACCCAACCACCCUUCUACAAGAACAUGAUGACAUAAGUUUGAGAAGGAGUUAUGAUCGAAGUUCCAGGAGCUUAGAUCAGGAUUCUCCUUCAAAAAAGAAGAAAUUUCAAACUAAUUAUGCUUCCACCACCCAUCUAAUGACUGGCAAGAAAGUGCCAUCCUCUCUGCAGACCAAGCCCAGUGACUUGGAAACAACAGUGUUCUACAUUCCUGGAGUUGAUGUGAAGUUGCACUACAAUUCUAAGACGCUAAAGACUGAAUCACCUAAUGCUUCCAGAGGGUCUUCCUUGCCAAGAACACUCUCCAAAGAGUCCAAGCUGUAUGGUAUGAAAGAUAGCGCGACAUCUCCUCCUUCUCCUCCUUUACCUUGCACUGUCCAGAGCAAGACUAACACCUUACUUCCUCCCCAACCCCCACCUCUCCCCUCAGCCAAAGGAAAAGGAAGUGGAGGAGUAAAAACAGCCAAGCUCUAUGCCUGGGUAGCACUUCAAUCAUUGCCGGAGGAAAUGGUUAUUAGUCCCUGCUUGUUGGACUUCCUGGAGAAGGCUCUAGAAACAAUCCCAAUUACACCAAUCGAAAGGAAUUAUACAGCUGUUAGCUCACAAGAUGAAGACAUGGGGCAUUUUGAAAUACCAGAUCCUAUGGAAGAGUCAACAACAUCACUAGUGUCAUCCUCAACGUCAGCAUACUCUUCCUUCCCUGUGGAUGUCGUGGUGUAUGUGCGAGUUCAGCCCUCGCAGAUCAAGUUUAGCUGCUUGCCAGUGUCGAGAGUAGAGUGCAUGCUGAAGCUGCCGUCCCUGGACUUGGUGUUCUCCUCCAACCGAGGGGAACUGGAGACUUUGGGUACAGCAUAUCCCACAGAGACCUUGUCCCCCGGGGGCACUGCUCCUCAGAGUGGAACAAAGACUUCUGCUAGCAAAACUGGAAUACCAGGCUCAUCAGGAUUAGGCAGCCCUCUGGGCCGAAGUCGGCACAGCAGUAGUCAGUCGGAUCUGACCAUCUCCAGCAGCAGUUCCUCUGGCUUGAGCUUCACUGCGUGCAUGUCCGACUUCUCCCUGUACGUGUUCCAUCCGUAUGGAGCAGGGAAACAAAAAACUGCUGUUUCUGGCCUCACACCUGGAUCAGGAGGAUUAGGUAACGUGGAUGAGGAGCCCACUUCAGUCACUGGUCGAAAAGACUCACUCAGUAUAAACCUUGAAUUUGUGAAAGUGAGUUUGUCUCGAAUAAGGCGUUCAGGAGGUGCCUCAUUUUUUGAAAGUCAAUCUAUAAGCAAGUCUACAAGCAAAAUGGACACUACGCUAAUAAAUAUAUCUGCUGUUUGUGAUAUAGGGUCUGCCUCCUUUAAAUAUGAUAUGCGCCGCCUCAGUGAAAUUCUGGCAUUUCCGAGAGCCUGGUAUAGAAGAAGUAUUGCAAGACGUCUGUUCCUUGGAGAUCAAACAAUAAAUUUGCCAACUUCUGGGCCUGGAACACCUGAUUCCAUUGAAGGCGUAAGCCAGCACCUUUCCCCGGAAUCAUCAAGAAAAGCUUACUGCAGGACGUGGGAACAGCCAAGCCAGUCAGCCUCCUUCACCCACAUGCCUCAGUCACCUAAUGUAUUCAAUGAGCAUAUGACGAACAGCAGCAUGUCACCAGGGACUACAGCACAGAGCCUGAAAUCACCUGCUUCCAUAAGGUCAAGAAGUGUGUCUGAUUCUUCAGUUCCUCAAAGAGAUUCACUUUCGAAAACAUCAACUCCUGUUAACAAAUCAAACAAAGCAGCAAGCCAGCAAGGGACCCCGUGGGAGACACUUGUCGUGUUUGCCAUCAACUUGAAACAACUGAACGUGCAAAUGAAUAUGAGUAACGUGAUGGGAAAUACCACUUGGACAACUAGUGGUUUGAAGAGCCAAGGUCGUCUGUCAGUGGGAAGUAAUCGCGAUCGGGAGAUCAGCAUGUCUGUUGGGCUGGGGAGGUCACAGUUAGAUUCUAAAGGAGGAGUAGUUGGAGGGACCAUUGACGUCAAUGCUUUGGAGAUGGUUGCUCAUAUUUCUGAACACCCAAAUCAGCAACCCAGUCACAAAAUUCAGAUUACCAUGGGUUCCACUGAAGCUCGUGUGGACUACAUGGGCUCAAGUAUCCUCAUGGGCAUCUUCAGCAAUGCUGACCUUAAGCUUCAAGAUGAAUGGAAAGUAAACUUAUAUAACACACUGGACUCAAGCCUGACUGAUAAAAGUGAGAUUUUUGUCCAUGGAGAUUUGAAAUGGGAUAUUUUCCAAGUAAUGAUAUCAAGAUCAACAACACCAGACCUGAUAAAAAUAGGCAUGAAGCUCCAGGAAUUUUUCACACAACAGUUUGACACCAGCAAACGAGCUCUGUCUACUUGGGGACCAGUUCCUUAUCUUCCACCAAAGACAGUGACUAACAACCUAGAGAAAAGUUCACAAGAACAAUUGCUUGAUGCAGCUCAUCAUCGACAUUGGCCUGGAGUAUUGAAGGUGGUAUCAGGAUGCCACAUAUCCUUAUUUCAGAUCCCAUUACCGGAAGAUGGAAUGCAGUUUGGAGGAUCAAUGAGCUUACAUGGAAAUCAUAUGACACUGGCUUGUUUUCAUGGUCCAAAUUUCCGUUCAAAAUCCUGGGCCCUUUUUCAUUUAGAAGAACCAAAUAUUGCUUUUUGGACUGAGGCUCAGAAAAUCUGGGAAGAUGGUUCUAGUGAUCAUUCUACAUAUAUUGUACAAACCUUGGAUUUCCAUCUGGGCCAUAACACCAUGGUUACCAAACCAUGUGGUGCCUUGGAAAGUCCUAUGGCAACAAUAACCAAGAUCACACGGCGUCGCCAUGAAAAUCCACCCCAUGGAGUAGCAAGUGUGAAAGAAUGGUUCAAUUAUGUUACAGCCACCAGGAAUGAAGAACUAAACUUGCUCCGCAACGUUGAUGCUAAUAACACAGAGAAUAGCACUACUGUGAAGAAUUCCAGUUUGUUGAGUGGAUUCAGAGGAGGUUCUAGCUACAACCAUGAAACAGAGACUAUCUUUGCACUACCAAGGAUGCAGCUUGACUUUAAGUCCAUCCAUGUUCAAGAACCACAAGAACCUUCAUUACAAGAUGCCAGCCUAAAGCCAAAGGUGGAAUGCAGCGUGGUGACAGAAUUCACGGACCACAUCUGUGUGACCAUGGAUGCUGAGCUCAUCAUGUUUCUCCAUGAUUUAGUGUCAGCCUAUCUCAAAGAAAAAGAAAAAGCCAUCUUUCCGCCUCGGAUUUUAUCUACUCGACCAGGACAGAAAAGCCCAAUUAUUAUGCAUGAUGAUAGUUCUGACAAAGACCGAGAAGAUAGCAUCUCUUACACCACUGUGGACUGGAGAGAUUUUAUGUGCAACACAUGGCAUCUGGAACCCACUCUUAGAUUAAUUUCUUGGACUGGAAGAAAGAUUGAUCCAGUAGGUGUUGAUUACAUUCUUCAAAAAUUGGGCUUUCAUCAUGCCAGGACAACCAUUCCUAAAUGGCUUCAGAGAGGAGUCAUGGACCCACUGGACAAGGUUCUGUCUGUCCUUAUCAAAAAGCUUGGCACUGCACUACAGGACGAAAAGGAAAAGAAAGGAAAAGACAAAGAAGAACACUAGGAGAGUAACUUGAUCCAUGAAAAGAUUUGAGUGUGUCCAUUAAGUUCUGCUACACUGGAGUGUUUUUUUAAUUUAAAUUGUAACUUUAAAAUAAUUCUAAUUUUGUGGCCAUUGUAUUAAAAGUUUGCAAGUUAAUGUUUAUUCUAGUUCCAACAUUCUGUGUACAGUGAAGUAUUAUUGCAUGAUAAUGUAAAUUUUGUGAUGAACUAGAUUAAAAUAUAUAAAUAUUUGAUCAUUAGGAGUUAUAAUUGUAUUAUGUGCAAUAUGAUUCCUGCAUCCUUAAAAUAUUUGCAGAAUAACUGUGAAUUCUCUUGCUAUUGGCCAUAACUUUUAGAAAAAAAAUUCUUGUUGAUAAUGUGAUGGGAGGACAUUAAUUGCUUUUUUUUAAAUGUAGACUUGUAUAAAUAUCUGUAUGUAUAUAGUUUGAGUAAUUGUGUUAUGAUGUUUACCACUAAAAUAUUGUUUGUAAUUAUUGUAAUAAAGUCACAAUAAUGGUUUCAGUCUA